GUUGUAUUCAUAUACCGUUAGGUAGGUGGUUGUUGUCUACCAUUGUCCUUCGUUCUUUUGUUCUGGUGGCGUUGCCAUUACCCACUUUCCUGUUGAAUAGAAUAUUUGAAACAUGUCCAGUUCAUCACCUCCAAAGACACAGCUUCGAGCGCUCGGCUUUUGCGGUGCUGAUGAUUCCGUUCAUCCCAACAUGUUGGCCUUGAUUGUCCAUGCCUUUCCAUUUGUGGAAUUUGGAGUGCUAUUUCGACCCGACAAGGAGGGACAACCACGAUAUGCUACGGCUGAAUGGGUCGAAUGUCUCAAGCAAGUAGCGGCCAAGUCGCAGCCAAGGAUGAAACUGGCAGCUCAUUUCUGUGAAUCUCGCGUCAACCAAGUUUUGAGAGGAGACGAUUCCUUUCUUUUGACUCUCAAAGGAACAUUUCAGCGGGUACAAAUCAACGCUACAGCUGUCAAUGGUGUGGACAUGUCAGUUUUGGAAAGUGACAAAAUUGGUGAAACGUUAAAGGCCUUUGCUGCACUGAUACGUCGUAAUCGCAACAAUUUUGAGUUCAUCCUUCAAAAGAAUGAAGAGACUUUGCCACUUUGGAAGGGGCUUUUGGAUUUGGACAGUGAGGAGACUGGACCACCAGGAUCGCUCCCCACUAAUGUUUCCAUGUUGGUGGAUGAAUCCAAAGGAACUGGGGUGGUAUCCUCAACACCUUGGCCCACCCCACCAGACACAUACCCCAUUGGAUAUGCUGGGGGCAUUGGUCCACACAACAUCGCAAAGGUCUUGGGAGACAUCAUUGAAGCAGGAAGUGGAAAGAGUGUUUGGAUUGAUAUGGAGAGCAAGCUGAGAAGCAAAAAGAACGACAAGGAUGUCUUUGACCUAGACAAAUGCUAUGAAGUCAUAGAUGCCGUAUGUGCGGCGGGGCUUCAUUCUCCUCCCGACUAUCUUUUGUAGUACCGUACUAGUACAGGCUAAGCUAGUAAGAUGUAGUAGUUUUUGGGUUGCAAUUCUAAUGUUUUUUACAACAUGCCUCCCACUUAAUUCUAACUAAGCAGAAGAAAAACGCGCAGGUCUCUUACCGAAUUCAAGAAGUCUACAUGGUGCUAUUGCGUUGGCAAUGCCGGCACCUUACCAGUACAUGUGGCAUGACCACUGGUGCUUCAGGAUUUUCUGAAAAGCAAUCCAGACA